CCACCAUCGCCUUAUUGUAGCUGGCUCCGCCAGCACACGCAAGAAACCACCAUCCUGUGGGCCUACCCUCUCAAACGGACGCCGCAAGGUCUGUUUGAGCUGGCAGUUAGUGUCCCGCGGAAGACAUCCCUCUUCCUGCGCGUCUUGACCGACAAACACCUGUCGCGCACUCUCCUCGCCCGAGCCCCUCUCGACCUCGGCCUCUUCUCGCGGCCCCUUGCUCGUCACAGCCAGACAUCGCUACUCCUCGGCAGAGCCAAACGGAUAUGGUCGAUCUUGAGGUCCCCAACAGCAACGUCCUGUCGACAUCUGAGGGUACUCCUCAUCUGACCAUCAAUCACGAUGUCGCUGCCGAUCUAGACUCUUCGAACGCCUUCGAGGGCCCGGAGAAGCUGCUGGAGGUCUGGUUUGCGCCCAGCCCCUCCGCGCUCCCCCAGGGCGCCAAGGAGAAUGGACUCUUGUCCGUCGCAUCUAAGACCUGGGAGGGCAUGCUUGAUCUGGUCCACUGCCAGGUGCUGUCUGUCGUCUCAUCUGGGCACAUGGACGCCUACCUCCUGUCCGAGUCGAGCAUGUUCGUCUUCCCCCACAAGCUCAUUCUCAAGACGUGCGGCACCACGACCCUCCUCCUUGGCCUCCGACGGCUCUUGCGCAUCGCUGCUGUCGACGCUGGAUUCCCAUUCCACAAUGCGCAGGACCUCGCAGACGAGAAUGCGCUGGCCUCUCCCUACCGCGUCUUCUACAGCCGCAAGAACUUUCUAUUUCCCGACAAGCAGCAUGGGCCUCACCGAAGCUGGGCCGACGAGUACAAGUUCCUGGACAAGCUGUUCGACAACGGCAGCGCCUAUCUUGUGGGCAAGAUGAACGGGGACCACUGGUAUCUCUACAUCACCACUCCCACCGCCCAGGUCACGCCUCCUCGGACCCCAGACAGCGAGAAGGGCUCCGGUCUCCCCGUCCGGCCCCCUUUUGCCAAGAUCCCUACCGGUCUCAUGUCCUCCUUUCCGCAGAUGCCAGCUGGUGGGGACCCCCCUGACGAGACCCUGGAGAUCCUCAUGACGGACCUGGACUCCGAGAACGCCAAGCAGUUCUACCUCUCCCACGCGAGUGCGGUCGCGCGCGAGCGGGUUCCUCUGCAGGCGUGCGAGGCGAGACAGGCUGCGGUGGACAGCCUGGGCGACAUGUCGUCGGAUGACAAUGGUGCCUCCAGCGUCGGCUCUCCCGUCAAGAGCGAGGAUCCACUCGACGUUUUUGACCACAGCGCCGGGCCUGGUGGCGCUCAGACCCCGAUGACCGACGUCGAGCAGCUCACGACCGAGGGGCACGCCCUCGGUACCGUCGUGUCCGAUACCUGCGGCCUGUCCGAGGUGUACCCGCCCUCCAAGUACCCCGACGCGCGCAUUGACGCCUACCUCUUCUCGCCCUGCGGCUUCUCAGCCAACGCUGUCAUCCCCGCGCCGGUUCAGGAGGCCGAGGACGGGAGCAAGAUCAUGGGCCCCUCACACUACUUCACUGUGCAUGUCACGCCGGAGCCCAACUGUAGCUUUGCCUCCUUCGAGACAAACGUCCCGGGCGGACAAAAGGGCCGCGAGACCAGUGAGGUCAUCGAGCACGUGGUGGGCAUCUUCAAACCUGGGCGGUUCAUCGUCACCUUGUUCGAGGCCAAAGGCUCUGGGGUGCCCCGGACCCCGGACCCUUAUAGCAUGCGCAAGUCGCGCACCGAGGCUAUCGCUGGCUACCGGCGCGUUGACCGGAUCGUGCACCAGUUUGACGACUAUGAUCUUGUGUUUGGCUUCUUUGAGAAGGACGACUGGACUGGAUAUGAUGGUGCUCGGGUUGGCGAGAUGAUGUAGACGCCUAGUCUAUGUCUCUAUCUCUGCCGAGAAACCAUGAACAACAUCUGCACCACGAUUCUUUUUCUUUUUCUUGGUCGUUGUCCCGUUCAUGAUUUUUGAGUUUUGGUGGAUCACGCGACAAUGUUGGAAAAGAAACACAAACGAUCCCUCUCAACGCCUUUUCAGUUUCUCAAGAGAAAAUCUGCAAGGGGCAUUGACACCCUCGAAAAGUAUUUCAAUAUCAUAUCAUAUCAUUGCUUAUGCUAUUCAUUCAACUCUCC